CCGAGGCGCGUGACCGCGGCCUGUGGUGAUAGAGGAAGCCCGGGCCAGGCCGGAGCGGGGGCAGCGGGCAGAGCGGAGCAGCGGGCAGGGCAGGGGAGGGCAGGGGAGAGGGGGCAGUCUGCCGGGCGGGGGAUGCCGAGCACAGCCAUGAAGAAAAAGGUGCUGUUGAUGGGAAAGAGUGGGUCUGGCAAGACCAGCAUGAGAUCCAUUAUCUUUGCAAACUACAUAGCCAGAGACACACGGCGCCUUGGAGCCACAAUCGAUGUGGAACACUCGCAUGUCCGAUUCCUCGGGAAUCUGGUUUUAAAUCUGUGGGACUGUGGUGGUCAAGAUACCUUCAUGGAGAACUACUUUACCAGUCAGAGGGACAACAUUUUCCGCAAUGUGGAGGUGCUUAUUUACGUAUUUGACGUGGAAAGCCGUGAACUGGAGAAGGAUAUGCACUACUACCAGUCAUGCCUAGAGGCAAUUCUUCAGAACUCUCCUGAUGCCAAAAUCUUCUGCCUUGUUCACAAGAUGGAUCUGGUUCAGGAGGAUCAGCGUGACCUAAUUUUUAAGGAGCGAGAAGAUGACUUGAGACGCCUGUCACGUCCCCUAGAAUGUACCUGCUUUCGAACCUCCAUCUGGGAUGAGACAUUAUACAAAGCUUGGUCGAGCAUUGUGUACCAGCUGAUUCCUAAUGUGCAGCAACUGGAGACAAACCUGAGGAACUUUGCUCAGAUUAUCGAAGCUGAUGAGGUGUUGUUGUUCGAAAGGGCCACAUUCUUGGUGAUCUCUCACUAUCAGUGUAAAGAACAGAGGGAUGCCCACAGAUUUGAAAAAAUCAGCAAUAUUAUCAAACAAUUUAAGCUCAGCUGCAGUAAACUGGCUGCAUCUUUCCAAAGCAUGGAGGUUCGAAACUCCAAUUUUGCAGCGUUCAUUGACGUCUUCACAUCUAACACAUACGUGAUGGUUAUAAUGUCAGAUCCCUCCAUACCUUCUGCUGCUACACUUAUCAAUAUCCGCAAUGCCCGGAAACACUUUGAGAAGCUCGAGAGAGUGGAUGGCCCCAAACACAGCCUUUUGGUGCGUUGAAGCAAGACUUCUUACAGACUGCAUAUCGGAUGGGUCGUACAAUGAACUGAUAUUUUUCUUGAUAUAAUUCUUUAUAUCGUCUCUGUCUCUGUGAUGUGUGACUUGCUGCAGUUGUCACAAAUUGUUGUGACCUUGGGCGAUUUGCCAAGUAAUUCACACCAUCUCCUGAAUGUGGUGGACCUCAUUGUUCCAGGCUCUACUCCAACCCUCCAAUAACAAAAUCCUGUCUCAGUCCCAGUGGAAGCUCUAUUGCAGCUGAUGCAGAAGCCCAGACAUCUGAGAAGCGCUCCAUUCGCUCCUCAUGUAUCCGGUCUGUAAUAACUCUUAAAGGUUUUUGACUCUUAAAAUUCUGCAUGUAAAAUAGCCUUACUGUAUUUCUGAACCUGACAAUCUAACUUGUUCUUGUUUCUUCUUCCUUUCUUUCUCCACUGCCCCUUACUUUCAAAAAUAAAAAUAAGCACACUUUAUCAAUGA